GGCGCUCAGCGAUGGGUGCUCAGGAUUGGUCCAUUCCGGACGGAGGGCAUCGUCGCCGUGCCGAUAGUGGAUAGCCGGACGGAGGCAUAACGCCGCUGUUAUUGUUCCUGAAUGAAAACUGCGGCGUCCAAAAUAUUUGUGUUUUUUAAAAACGUUAAUAUAAAUGUAUGCUUUUUAAACUUCGCUUGACGCGGUGAAAUACCUGGAAUAAAAAUUAAAACGCUUUGUGCAGCACUUAUGUCCAAGCAAUUAGCGUGUCUGCUAAGGAAAUCCAGGCCUCAAGCCGCCACGACGGUCGAUUUUAACAAAAACCGUGAGACGCUCACCUCGCCGCGGCUACCUGCAGCCGCCUGCUCGGACGUUUUAAGGCGAAACGCGGCAGCGUAACCCACGACAGGAGAAAUACGUCCUAAAUGGGGCCGGUUUUUUAAAACGUUUGGUUUUUAUGAGCCGUCGGUAGGCAACAGAGUGGAAUAAUUUUAUUAGAAGCAUUUUUAUCUUUGAAAACACAAAAGGAAGAUGUCCAACGGCGCAGCGGGAAGCGGCGGCUUGACUUGGGUGACCCUGUUUGAUAAGAACAAUGCCGCCAAGCGGGAAGAGGCGAACGGUCGGGGUGACGGUGCCAAAAGUGAAGAUCCCAAGAAGGAGCCUUCCAAGAAGGACGCUGCUAAGAAGAUGUCCGUGGAGAGGGUCUACCAGAAGAAGACCCAGCUCGAGCACAUCCUGCUCCGCCCAGACACAUACAUUGGGUCCGUGGAGCCUGUCACCCAGCAAAUGUGGGUUUUUGAUGAAGAUGGUGGCAUGAAUUUACGUGAAAUCACAUAUGUCCCUGGAUUAUACAAAAUCUUUGAUGAAAUACUCGUGAAUGCGGCUGACAACAAACAGAGGGACAAGAACAUGACUAGUAUAAAGAUCACCAUUGACCCGGAGUCAAACACAAUUUCCAUAUGGAACAACGGGAAGGGGAUCCCUGUGGUGGAACAUAAAGAGGAAAAGAUGUACGUCCCGGCUCUCAUCUUUGGCCACCUCUUGACUUCCAGCAACUAUGAUGACGAAGAGAAGAAGGUCACAGGUGGAAGGAAUGGCUACGGCGCUAAACUCUGCAACAUUUUCAGCACGAAGUUCACUGUGGAAACGGCCUGCAAAGAGUACAAGCACAGCUUUAAGCAGACCUGGACGAACAACAUGACCAAAACAGCCGAUCCCAGAAUUAAAUAUUUUGACGGGGAGGACUUCACGUGCGUCACAUUCCAGCCAGACCUGGCCAAGUUCAAGAUGGAGAAGCUGGACAAGGACAUAGUGGCUCUAUUGACACGCAGGGCUUACGAUGUCGCCGGCUCCUGCCGAGGGGUUAAAGUCCUACUCAAUGGAAAGAAACUGCCGGUGAACGGCUUCCGCAGCUACGUGGACCUGUACGUGAAGGACAAGCUGGAUGAGACGGGCGUGCAGCUGAAGGUGGUGAACGAGGUGGUGAACGACCGCUGGGAGGUGUGCCUGACCCUGAGUGAGAAGGGCUUCCAGCAGAUCAGCUUCGUCAACAGCAUCGCCACCACCAAGGGUGGCAGGCACAUUGACUACGUUGUGGACCAAAUAGUGGCCAAACUCAUCGAAGUGGUCAAGAAGAAGAACAAGGCUGGGGUCUCGGUGAAACCCUUCCAGGUGAAGAACCACAUCUGGGUGUUUGUGAAUGCCUUGAUUGAGAACCCGACGUUUGACUCCCAGACCAAGGAGAACAUGACUCUGCAGACCAAAAGCUUUGGGUCGAAGUGUCCCCUCUCAGAAAAGUUCAUACGUGCGGCGACUAACUGCGGCAUUGUGGAGAGCAUAUUGAACUGGGUGAAGUUCAAGGCCCAGACGCAGCUCAACAAGAAGUGUUCAUCAGUGAAACACAGCAAGAUCAAAGGGAUCCCCAAGCUAGAUGACGCCAACGAUGCCGGUGGGAAGCACUCUUCGGAAUGCACGCUCAUCCUGACGGAAGGAGACUCCGCCAAGUCGCUCGCUGUCUCGGGGCUUGGGGUCAUAGGCCGAGAUCGCUACGGCGUCUUUCCGCUCAGGGGGAAAAUCCUGAACGUGCGUGAAGCGACCCACAAGCAGAUCAUGGAGAACGCCGAAAUCAACAACAUCAUCAAGAUCGUGGGUCUUCAGUAUAAGAAGAGCUAUGACGACGCAGAGUCUUUGCGCUCCCUGCGCUACGGGAAGAUCAUGAUUAUGACAGAUCAGGACCAGGACGGCUCCCAUAUCAAGGGUCUCCUGAUUAAUUUUUUCCACCACAACUGGCCGUCCCUAUUGAAGCACUCCUUCCUGGAGGAGUUCAUCACGCCCAUAGUAAAGGCACACAAGAAUAAGCAAGAGCUGUCUUUUUAUAGCAUUCCAGAGUUUGACGAGUGGAAGAAGCAGACAGAGAACUACAAAACCUGGCACAUAAAGUACUACAAAGGUUUGGGUACGAGCACAAGCAAGGAGGCCAAGGAGUAUUUUGCGGACAUGGAGCGGCACCGGAUCGUGUUCCGAUACGGGGGUACCGAGGACGACGCGGCCAUCACGUUGGUGCGUAGAGACGACGUCUCCUUUGCUCCGCUGGCCAAGCUGCUCUUUCCAGCCGUCGACUCCAGUCUGCUGAAGUUCCUUUACGACGACAACCAGAAGGUGGAGCCAGAGUGGUACAUACCCAUCAUCCCCAUGGUGUUGAUAAACGGCGCAGAAGGCAUCGGGACAGGCUGGGCCUGCAAGAUUCCAAACUACGGUCCGCGCGAGAUCGUCAACAACAUCAACCGCAUGCUGAAUCACCAGGAUCCCCUACCCAUGCUUCCUAGCUACAAGAACUUCAAAGGAGUCAUUCAUGAACUGGGCCAGAACCAGUACUUGGUCAGCGGUGAGGUGGCUGUCCUGGACAAGAACUCCAUUGAGAUCACCGAGCUGCCGAUCCGGACCUGGACACAGGCGUAUAAGGAGUCUGUGCUGGAGCCCAUGCUCCAGGGUACCGAGAAGACCCCAGCCCUCAUUAACGACUACAAGGAGUACCACACGGACACCACCGUCAAGUUUCUGGUGCGGAUGAGCGAGGAGAAGCUGGCGCAGGCCGAAGCUGCAGGCCUUCACAAAGUCUUCAAGCUGCAGUCCACCCUCACCUGCAAUUCCAUGGUUUUGUUUGACCACAUGGGGUGUCUGAAGAGGUACGAGUCCGUCCAGGAGAUCUUGAAGGAGUUCUUUGAGCUCCGGUUGCACUAUUACAAGCUGAGGAAGGAUUGGCUGGUCGGCAUGUUGGGGGCGGAGUCUGCCAAAUUGUCAAACCAGGCACGUUUUGUGUUAGAGAAAAUCGAAGGAAAGCUCUCUAUUGAGAACAAGUCGAAGAGGGACCUCAUCAGGAUGUUGGUGCAGCGAGGCUAUGAGUCUGACCCCGUGGCCGCAUGGAACAAAGCCCAGGAGAAGUCUCUCGAAGACGACGACAAGGGCAAUGACAGUGACAGCUCCGUCGACUCUGGCUCAUCGUCGGGCCCAAACUUUAACUACAUCCUGGGGAUGCCCUUGUGGUGCCUGACCAAGGAGAAGGUGGAGGAGCUGCUGAAACAGAGGGACACAAAGAAAGCUGAGCUGAAUGAGCUUCAGAGGAAGUGUUCUGAAGAUCUCUGGAAGGAGGAUCUGGCUGUCUUUAUUGAGGAGCUAGAUCGGGUAGAGGCACAGGAGAGAGAAGACAUCAGCGCGGGCAAGGCCAGCAGGCUGGUGAAGGGAAAGAUUGGCAAGCCCAAGGUGAAGAAGAUGCACCUGGAGGAGACGCUGCCCUCGCCGUUCGCCCGCCGCAUCGUGCCAGAGAUCACCCAGGCCAUGAAGGCAGACGCCUCCAAGAAGAUGACCAAGAAGAAGAAGGGCGAGUUAGACCUUGCAGGGAAGAUGGAGUUUGAUGACGAGCUGGGCACGGUGACCUCUGAGGGCGGCGUGGGCGAGAACUCCAUUAGCUUCCCCCCAGCAACCAACCCAAGCGCAGCCAAAGUGAAAACGCCGCGCGUGAAGAAGGAGAAAAAGGAGCCGGCGGCUCCCAGAGCGAGGAAGACGCCAGGACCCAAAGGGUCCACCAAGAAGGCAAAGAAGCGGAACCCCUGGUCAGACGACGACUCCAAGUCGGACAGCGACCUGGAGGACAGGGACAGCGAGCCAGUGGUCAUCCCCCGCGACACCAAGAGCCAGAGGGCGUCAGUUUUCCAAGACGAGCCAAAGUUUGACAGCGAUGAAGAUGACAAUGGCCCAGCCUUCUCCUACUCCAGUAGCACCGUCUUUGACAAACCUGCACCAGUGAAGAAAGCAGCUAAGAAGCCGUCAGAAGCAGCUCCCAAGCCUAAAAAAGCUCCCAAACCCAAGAAGCCGGACUCCUCCAUCUGGGACUCCGACUCGGACGGCGGCACCAAAAAGCCCACGCCGACGAAGGGUAGAGGCAGGGGGCGAAAGAGGAAGAAUUCUGGUUCUGAGGAAGAUGAGUACAGUCCAAUGAAGAAGGCCAAGAAGCCGGCAGCUAAUCGAAAGUCGAAAAAGGCCACGUCAGAUGACGAGCUGGACACACACAGCUUCGAGCAGUCAGACACGCCUUCGAGAGACAGGCCGGGUCGGGCCAAGAAGGAGGUGAAGUACUUUGCAGAAUCGGACGAGGACGACAACGACCAGUACGACAUGUUUGACUAGGUGCUCGAUGGGAUCCCCGUAACACACACAUGCUCGUGAAAAAACUCCCGUCCUUAGUCCUGCAACUUUUGUACUUUUUUUUCCUUUUUAUGAUUUUUUUUUUUUUGGUGAUGUUAAAUGCUUUCUACUGUGUAGGUGUUUCACAGUUUUUAUUAUACAUAAACAGUUUUGUUUUUUAUCAUUGAAAUGUUAUGUAUUUGUUCUAAGCAGCUUUUAGAGGUCUAGAUCGCGGUGCCUAAGCACAUAUUUUAAUUGUUAAAAGUAAGAGACUAUGUUCCUUUUUGAAAUGAAGUUGGAAGUAAACAGACUGUAAAUUA